AAUGUUUAAAAGUUAACCAACGUUAACGUUCUAUGUCUAACGUCAAAAGUUGUUUUGACUCAAAACUUGUUAAAUUCUGAAGGUCAUGAUUGAAAACCCCAACUAUAUAUGAGAAAAAGCUAGUGUUUUAUGCUAAUUUAUAAUUGUUUAAAAUGGAUUUUGAUAUAUUAUUAUCAGACUUCAAUAAUGCAGAUGAAACAAUAAAUUUUGGCACUCGUAACUUUGGAAGCCUAACCAAUUUGUAUGAAACAUCAACUUUGGCAUGUUUAAGAAAUCGUGAAAAAAACGAAAUUCCACUUUCCUUUGUUGAUAACAACGUUAGCAUUUUAUCGACUAUUAAACAUGGAAGAGUGUAUUUGUGCAUAAACAGAUCCUUUCGAGCAUUUGAAAAUAAGGAAUGUAUAGGUUUAGGAUUUGAGGCAGUUUUUGAGGACCUCAUAAAUGCUUUUGCUUUGAGUGAUGAUGGUAAAUUUUUGUUAAUAUGUCUUCAAAAUGGCAAAGUACAUUUGAUUAAUUUUGGAUCUGAAGAAACUAAGUGUAUAUUUAGCAAGCAUUUAGUAGAGCCUAAUGUUUGGAUAAAUGAUUCCUACAUCAAUUGUUUUAGUGAACCAGAUAUUGCCAAUAACAUAAUUGAGUCCAAUGGCUGGACGAAUGAAACUCUAAUAAAUGGUUCUUAUAAAGAUAGUAUAAGUAAAAAUUAUGAUUUUGUGAUUGUUACAAAAUCUGGAAAGGUUUUUAAAUUGUUUCUGAGGCCAGAUGAUAAUGUUCCAGUGGAGUAUAAAGAAAUUUACGAUUUUCGAAUGACUAUUAAAUUGGCGUCCUAUUCUUACCCUGAUUUGUUAGUAUGUUCUUCUCAUAUGAUUGUUUUAAAUACAGUUGAAAAACAUGCUAUUGAAGCUAAAGGAUUGGAUAUUGUGUCUAUAUAUCCUUUCAGACACUUUUUCUUAGUUUUGGACAGCAAUGGUGAUUUGUCAGAAAUUUGUCCCAAUACUUUUACUCAAUUUCCUGUGACUUUGGAUGUAAAAUUAAAGCAUAUGACUGUGGCUUUGGAUGAUAAGGAUAAUUUUAAUAUUAUUGGAGUAACUUUUCCAAAUGAUGAGGGCCACACUUAUGUUAAAUCAUUAGUUUAUCCAGACAUGAGCGAAGUAUUUUCAAUAAAACUCACAACCGAAAUCAACCUCAUCAUCCCGGAAACUCUAUUAGACGAAGUGCUCUACGUAAGCAAACUGCGUUCGGACGACAAAAUAAAUGAACUACGCAUAUGCCAGAUCACGGAAACGGAACCGGAAAAACGCCUCGAACGGCUGAUCCGCAAGCACAAAUUUGAAGAAGCCGAACAGUUCGUAACCUUGUUUGGCUUGGAUCGGCACUUGAUCGCCAAAGCCAAGGCGCAGCUAAUUGUCGACAAAAACGUGUGCGAAACCGAGGACAUGGCCAACUUGAUCGAAAUGUUGGAUACGAUAAACGACGACUUGUUUAAGUUGAAGAUUUGUAAUUCCAUGGCUUGGAACUCUGUGUGCCCAGAUAAGAUGGAUAUUGGGAAGAUUUUGAAGUAUGGGUGUGCUCUGGUUCCAAAAAAUAAUGAGAAAUUAAAAGAAAUUCUGGAAAUCCAACAAAGUUUAGCGGAUAUGUUAUUUAAAUUUGACACAUUCCGGUUAAUAUUUAUAGAAGAAAAUGAUGUUGACGACUGGCAAACAUUCCAAGAUUCCAAUCUAAUAACUUUGUUUAAAGGUUAUGUUAAAAACUGCAUGAUUGAGGAAGCCAUUAUCAUUUACAGCAGAUUGGAUGAAGAUUCUUGGUCAUUAAUAACCAUAGAAUUUGUUGAGGAAGUUUUGUCAAGUAUAAAUAAUUUGGUAAUAAACUGUCAACUGUCCUUCCUCUCCACUUUUGCACCUGUCACUUUGACACAUAGACCUGAAUGCCUGGACGUUUUCGUUAAAUGGCUGCAAAACAAAAUUAUGUAUAUGGAACGAAGAAAAAAUAACGAUUUUCCCACACCUGCGAUAGAUUUUGCGGAAAAAUUCAUAGACAUGCUUAAUGUUGACAAACAAAACUCUCUAAAUAUGGACAGUCUGGCUGAUUUUAAGUAUAUCAUGAAAGCUUUGUAUGGCUUAAGAACUCUCAAAGAUGAAUACUCUAUCAAAAUUCCGCUGUCCGAUUAUGUGCUGGGUCCCAAAUCCACAAUAAGACAACUAUUAAGCCUUAAUAUGUCAAAGGAAAACUAUGAAACCUUUAUCAAAGAUUUUGUCUACAAGUUUAUAGUCCAAAAUAAUUUAAACCCUGACGAAGUAUUUUUACAGGAAAUAUCAAAUUUAAUACGUUAUAGAGAAGAAUACUGGACAAAAUCAGUUGAGACAAUUUUAAAAUACAUAUCCUCUAAAGAUUUAAAAGUGCAAGCAGUUAAAAUUAUAUUAAAUGCUGCCAAUGUACCUUGGACAGACUCUAUACGUAAAAUUGCUCAAAAAGCUGUUGAAUAUUCACCUGACAUUGAAAAAUGCAUUAAAAACGAGCCAAGAAAAGUUAUAUUUGGUAUUCCAGCAUAUAAAUUUAAAGAAACACAGGUCAAAUUUGACAAUCUACAUUUUGCCAUGGUAAUAAAAAGGAUUAUUUAUGUUGGAUUGCCAUCUAUGCUGGAUGAUAUAAACAAAGUCAUAACUACACCUGAAGAGAAGCAGGAGGCAAAUAAAAUUUUGGUUAUGCAUUUUAUUAGGCAUGGAAAAUAUUUAGAGGCUCUAUCUCUACUUAAAGAUUGCACUACUGAGGAAAUUAUCGCUUGUACAGAGCAAGCCAAAUUUAUGGACAACUUUUACGAAAUAGCCGGUUCUCUUUACGCAAAAAUUAUUGAAUUAUGUUCAGAAGACCGCAAAUUUUGGUACCAAGAAGAAUUAAAAUUAAUUCGAAAUUGUUACCAACUCAACAAAACAUUUGAUUGCAAAUACAAAACAGAACAAAUGGCUUCCCUUCGAAACAGGUACAAAAUUCGAGAUGAAAUUAUUGAAGAAUUAAUUUUUAACUUUUCCAACAAAACCGCGGAUAUUAUUAAAUUAAAUAACGACUGCGUUAAGUUGGCGAGUUAUCUGAGUUUGAAUAAGGAGAGUGUUAUUCUUGAUGUUUGCCGAAAGUUGCAAAAUUUCGAUGUCAUUUACCAAAGCGCGAAAUAUUUGUACGAAAAUGAUGCCAGUCCCAAGGAUCUUUGUCUUGCAACUGUUUUGAUUUUUAAGUAUAUGGGAACUUUUCAGGUUCAACUUGCCGAAUCGUUCAAUGAAACCCUAGCGGAUAAUCUUAUAAACACUGAUACCAACGUUUUUAUGGAAGCUUUAAAAUUAGCGAAGAAAAUGUCUCUUAAAGCUCUAAUGCAAGCUGAUAGGGAAGAAGUGAUGGCUGUUGUUAACUGGGUUAAUAGCUGUUUUUAUUUAACUUUACAACCCAGUACUGAUUUACACCAUGCUAUAUUUAGCGAUUCCUAUGUGGAAAAACAUGCAAUACCGGGUUAUGCCGCAUUUACGUCCAUUAGAAAUAUAUUCGAGAGUUACAUUAGGUAUAUUGGUACAUUCAAAAACCCCAUACUCAAAUACCUAACCAAUUUUAACCAAGAUAUUCCCACCACCAAAGAUUCUUUUAUAGUGGAAAUAAACAAGUUUUCUGGAACUAUACAAUACCUCUGUAGAGAGGGGCAUUAUCUUACAGCAAGACAACUAUUGGCAACACUACAAAACGCCAUUAUCUACGGAAACAGCGCGCAACAUGGGGACGUGAACAAAGUAAUCAAGUCCGUUUUAAGAACUCAAUGUUUACCUCUGUUAUUGCAAGCCGUCAUGUCGGCCCAUAAUAUUGAUUGUGCAUUGUUGUACGAUAUUUUGGGGGAGAUGGACAAAAAUGAGUCCAUCGUUAGCAUCGAAAAAUACGCCAAGAUGUACAAACGUCACCCAAGAAAAUUAAGGGACAUUUCGGAAGUAAUCAUAAGAUAUUUUAAAUCUCGCGGAAUAUUAUUAUCCACAGACAUUUUUAAAGCUGCUGUUGUUAGUGUGAAAUGGUGGAAUAAAUUACAAAAUUGUCCCAUAUCCUACGAUUGUUUCCUUAAAAUGGACCCUGAAAAACUUUUAAAGACUCUUUUAGAAAAAAAUUGCGUUAAUGAAAAUGCUAUUGAGGAAUAUUGCAAGGAUACUUCAGUAGACCUCCAGAAGGCUUUUCAAUUUUAUUUGGAGACCGUUUUGUUAAACUGGAAGCCAAAUUAUGAAAUUGAGACGGACGUUUGUGGUAAAAGAUCUUUAAUCAUAAAAAAUGACGAAAACGAUUUGUUUAAAAAAUGCGAUAAAGUCAUUAAAAGCAUUACCAAUAAAAAUUGCAUUUUGGAAUUAUUAAAGAAAAUUUGGAAUAAGGUCAACUGCUAUAACUAUGAGGUCCUUUUGUGCAUCCUGAACAUCACUUCUAUCCUUCAGGAAAAACGCGAAAGAAACAGCAACUGGCUGAUGCUCAUUUUUCUCAAAGGCUACAGGCGUUUUAGCCCGCCCAGCCAACUAGAAAUCGAGCAGUGGUACACCGCAUUCCCUGAUGUGCAAGCUCUCGACCCAUUUUCUGAAUUCAGGCUACCUUUUUCGCCUUCGCUAUUCAGCAGCAAUAUUUUCAAUAUUAUACGUUCAGAGUUAAAUUUGAAGACUUAUAAAUCUUGGUUCGGGGCUAUAGAUUUAGUAAAGACGCUGAAUAGGGAUGAUAUUUGCAGUGUUGCUAUUAAGGAGAUUGUCCAUAGUGGUGUUUUUAGUCAGGAUGCUUAUACAGAAUGGAUGAUUGUAAGGCAUCAGGAUAUGUGGAGUGAAAUUGAUGAGUGCCUUAAGCAUAUUUCGAAUUUGGAGAAGAGGUCUUCGGCGAUUUAUCAUCUUUUUGUUAAUACGCCAAAAGGUGUUGACCAGGUGGAAGCUGCAAAACUAUGUUACAAAUACGCAGAAGAGUACAAAAAUGGCGAUCCAAAAUCAGAAACAGUGCAAAAUGCAUUUUUAAAGGUACAAAAUAAGUACUUUUGCCUAACAGCCACGCAUAUCCUUCAUAUGUACCAACUUAACGACCCAAAAUACCUUCAACUAGUUAGUCAACCAGAAGAUUUGAUAACUGCUUUAUAUUAUGAUGAUAGAAUUCUUCAAAGGGAUAAAGCCUUGAAUGUUUUUUGUCCAGAUAUUAACAAGGCUGUAGACGAAUUGGGUAACUUUUUUAAUUUAAAAAUUUGCAAAAUCAGGAGUCCAUUGUUAAUAAACUGGCUUAACGGCAAUGAAGAUAAUGUUGAAUUUGAUUCAACAAUUUUUAUAAAUACUGAUAAACCCAUGGAUUUCCAUGCUGAUAUGGACGACAGUCUAAAAAGGGCAGCCUAUAUUUGCUCCAGCAUAGACUCUCAAGUGUUAAGAGGAAUUUUGAUAAGGGCUAUAGAUGAACCAAGCGCUAAUGAAAAACAAAAUUUAUAUUAUAAAGCCCGCUCUUUAAAAUGUUUAUGUGCAAUUUCAAGUCCAGAGACUAUAGUGGAAUUAAUGGGUGCCACCCAUAACGAAUUAAUGUAUUUUAUCGAAAAAUUGAUAUUACUGAGUCGUUUGGAAAUUUUCGGGUUUAAUCUCAACGUCGAAAGUUUAAAUCAUUACAACAAAAAAGAGCUUUUAAAACGUCUGAUUCAUGACAAUACUACACCAUUAGCUGUUAGUGUAAUGGCCGACAUUUGCAUAAUGUAUUCCAUUGAGGAAAUUAAGUACUGGAAGUUUAUUAUAGGAACAUCUAUAAAACUUAACAUGUUUGCUGAACUAAAAAAAUACUUGGAGUACCUAAAAAACAAAAAAUGCCAAUACCAACUGUUUUAUAUUAGUGCCUGGCAAGCCAUUAUUGAACAUUCAUUUAGUAUUAACAAUUCUUUACCUAAAAGCGGGGUUGAUGGUGUGUUAACGAAGAAUUUCCUAUUGAUUCAGUCUUGUCCAGUUUUAUACUCAAUUAAUUUCGAAAAUACUAUUAAAUCAUGUUUAAAAAUGCAAAAGUAUGAUUAUGCUGCACUUUUACUGCCCUAUAUUGAAGGAGAAAAACAAAAGACUUAUGCUGAGCAAAUUCAAAAGGCUUCAGAAGAUAUUUUGGAAGAUUUAAAUAGGCUUAAUCUUCAAGGAUUAUGUGUCUCAAAUGUAAAACAAAUUUUGGGAAUAUUUUAACUAAGAUGUUAUUUAUUUAACCAUAAAUUAAGUUUUUUAUAUACUCAUACAAUAGUAAAAAAAUUGUAUGUUUAAUUAAACAUUUUUUUAUUUAAUUAAGAUUGUUAACAAAUAAAACAAAAUUCAAACACAUGACAUAGUUUGUUUGGUCCAUUCCUUAAGUGGCACAGUGGGUGCAAGGUUUUCGAUAUGCUUGCAAAUAUUCAGGGUCAAUUUUUUACCGUCGCUUUCUUGACAGCUCAAAGUUGAAGCAAGAACAGCCCAAGUGUCAGCCAAGUUGGGAUAAUAAUGAACUGCCUUUUGUGCUGCUAUUUUGGCUGUUUUCACAUCGCCGACAGUUAGUGAAGCCAUUGAAACCAAACACAAGACCUAAAAAAUGUUUUUUAGUUGGUUAAAAAAAAUAAUUGUAUUCUACCUUUGAGACAUCCAUUGUAGUUUGCCCUAACCUCAUAGCAACUAUAGCGCACUUGGCCGCUGCCUUGGCCUUCUUUUUUUCCUGUGUUCUCACCAAAAGUACUGACAAUGUGUACCAGACUGAGGCCUGAUCAGGGUGCCUAUGUAUAAGCUUGCUUAUUUCUAUAGAGGCUCGAUCUGAAUCGCCCUAAACAAAAAUUCUU